AUGGCCGCGGUUCUGUCGUUGAUGCCGGAGGUCAGCAAGAAUGGGCUUCUGCAAUGUGUGAUCUGUGGGAGGGAAGGUGCUGGGAAACAUUACGGAAUUCAAUCGUGUCUUGGGUAAGUCGAAGGUCUUGAAACUAAAUUUGAAAAUUUGAAUUAAAAUUUUUUUAAAAUUUUUGGGUUCUUUGCGCUAAAGAAGUUUAAAUUCCAAUCGAACUGGUAUGCCUUGGUCUUUGUGGUGCGGUAAUUAAAUGAUUAAUGACUGGUCGUCUGAUUACUUAGAGUAUAUCCCGCGCUUAAUUUAAUAAUAAAAAACAAAAACUAUUACUAAAAUGACUUGUCCUUUGUUUGCACAACACAAUUCGUACAUUUUGAUACCAUCAAAUUUGAUAAGCAAGCUUACACGAUCUCUGUUAUUCUUUGAAGUACAUUUUUAUUAAGACUGUCAUUUAAUUUGUUCGAAACUACAUCUCUUUUCAUGAAUUUUACACUUCAAGUUGUGACGCCAUCCUUUUUUUAACCUUAUUAACUUUUGUUGUAGUUUAUGGGCUUAACGUGACUACCAUUUUUAUACUUAUCGCAAUCUCAUUUAUGAGGUGAUAGGCUCCGAAAGCAAUUUGAAAAAAAGCAAGUUGCCUUGGGGGAAACACACGUGGUCUGGUAUCUUCUUCCGUUCUCUCACUCCAGUUUCUAGGCUUGUUUUUUACAUAAGCAAAGUACAAGAAGACAAUUGAAAACACGGUCCAGACCACUUCCUAGUUGCCCAAUAUCUUCGUUGUAGCAGAGCAAGGGGCGCUUAGAUCAUUUUUGUUUAGUCAGCCAAUGAAUGUUCAAUGCUCGUCCCGAAAACAUUUGGUUUCCUCACGUGGGGGGAAUGCAAGGAAAGGAGCAGUGAACGUUAUAGAUAGGACGGGGUCGUUGUUAGUGUGUUAACGGUUCGAUCGGAAAAAAACAAACACAUUGGAGUAGCAAUAUAUUUACUUUUUCUGAGACAAGAAGAAGUGAUGAUAAAAUGAGAGCACAAACUAUACGAUUACAGGUGCAAGACCUUCUUCCGUCGCGCUGUAAUCCACAAUCGGCGAUAUUUCUGCGAGAAUAACCUGCAAUGUGAUGCGAGGGAAAGGAAAAGCCGAGGACCAUGUGCGGCUUGCCGAUUGCAUCGAUGUUUUAUGGCUGGAAUGUCCAAAGAAGGUAUAGUAAACACUGAUUUACAACCUACAUCUCUCCCUUUCCAUUCAAAUUGUUUUUGCAUUGACUGAUAUCAUUUUCAAAUGUGAUAACUUUUCUUUUUUCAGCUCUCAAAGGAAAACGAGAUAUCAUUCCGGUAAAAACAAAAAUUCGACGGAGUCGACAGGCUUCCUUUGACGAUAAACAAACUCCAUCUCCAAGGACCACCCCAGAAGAACAUCAGCAGCCAGUCUACAGCAAUAAUUUGAUAGAUCCACUAACAGAAUUAGACUACCGUACUCGGGAGAACAAACUUUUGAGAUUCGAUUCGAUGACAAGGGCAAGGAAAUUGUCCUGUGACAUCUCACAAUCCGUAAGUUUUUCUUUUUACUGAUGCGUCUUCUAAUUCUUUAAUAAUUUAUUUUUUUGCAGUACCCACCGUUUGCAUACUUCACGGGCCUUCGAAUAGUAGAUACAGUGGAAUUAGCAGCUUUGGCUUCGGUAGAAAUGUAUGCUAUGGUCGAAUGGGCCGAUGGGUUGUCCUUUUUCCACAAUCUUACUGUAACUCAUCGAGCGGCGGCUCUCCGACGAUUCUCGGUAUUCCAAUUGGUUAUUGAAACGGGUUAUUGUACUGCUCUGUCUUCAUACAAUGACGCCUGGAUGAUGCCGAAUGGAACUUGCAUGCCCAGAGACGUCGCAUUUUUACCGGAAGAGAGUCAGGUGAGUUAUUGCAAUUCUCAUUUGAUCAUAAAAUUGAGAAAGUAAGGACAUUGGCUUUGGAAAUGUGAUAUUCUUUCAGAAAAUUGUGAAUCCCGACAGAGCGUGGCGUCAAGAGAAGCUCUACCAUCAGAUGACGAACAGUUGUAUCGAUGAUGUGGCCAUGCCCAUGAGAAGAUUACACAUUUUACCUCAAGAAUUGGCUACUUUGAAAGUGAUUUGUUUCUGUCAAAGCUGUCAAUUUGUGUGCCGUGAGACGGUGGAGGACGAGAAUAUGAUCGAAUGCAGUUUGGCCUAUAUUGAGGAGUUCAAGGACAAGGUCAUCAAAGACCUCUUUGCCUUCUAUCAGGCCCAGCGUAUGCAAAAUUAUGAAGGUCAGUAUAAUAUGGAAGCUUAUGUUAAUAUUGGGACCAUAAUUGAAGUUUCUUUUAUUUCAGAACGUUUCGGCAAUCUUCUGCUAAUUGUAUCAGGAAUUGUCUCCACAGCCACGUUUUUACGCGAGAGUUAUCAAGUAAUGCGAGUUUUUCGUAUCGUAUUAUUCGACAGUUUCACCGAAAAGUUGUUAUUCUCUGCCGAAACAGAUAGUUACAUGAUGUAAAUUAUGUUUUCAAUAAAGAUUUUACCGUAUUCUUGUUUAGCCAAUGUGUCAAGUUUCCCUUUUCGGGUCGAGUCUUUUUCUACUGCUUUACGUCGCGAUCGGCAAUUUUUACCUCCAACAUAACUGAAACUUUCCAAAUACAGGUAAAUUCGUGAAGAAAGUGGCGCGCUUAAGACGAAGAAGAGACGAGAUCCAGCAGCGGUUCGUCUGGGUUCAAAAAGUAGAUUCGCCGAGAGAGCGUGGGACGUGCAGAGAGUGGCAGAGAAUCUUUCUUUUGAGCGCAAAAAACUCGGACGCCUGCAUUUUCCCCUUCUUUUUUUGAUUCCGCUCAAGACUCUGGCUCUAUGACAACAUAAUAAGUGUAAUUCUGGAGAACUAAAUGAGCGUCUUGGAUUGCUCCGUGUUAUUUAUAUUAUUUAUAAGGUCUGAAGGGGAAUGGGCGGGAAACUUGUCUCCUUUUAGUCGAAUAUCGAAGAUCUUUUCUGUAAUUUUGUGUUGAAAUUGUUUACAGACAAGCUUCCUUUUUGGUGUAACGCGAGCGUUUCACAUAUGUUUUCGUGAUGUUUCUCGCACGCUUAGUGUUUUCUCCCAAAUGUGCGUUAUCUUUUUGGUCGCGAUCGGUUUUCAAUCAAUUCUUCUAUCAAAAAAUGUUGAUAAUCUUUUAUUUUAGGGUUUAAUGGAUGGGAAAUCCACCUUUUCUUCGUUCCCAUUGCCUCAAAGUAGCUCCGGAAAUCAACCGUUUCAAAAACCAUCUAAAGUAAGAUCGUAUUUCUAGAUUAUUGUAUAUUCGGUGUUUAGAAUUUGAGAUGGAAGACCGGAGAUGGGCCGCCGAAACGGCGGACGGGCGGCAUUCGUCCAUUCAAACCAAAGACAACAAAUGAGGACAGUGUGAUUCGGGUGGACAAGAUGAAGAUCUGUAAGUUCCUUUUAUCUGUGUUACCCUUUCUAUUAUUAAUUUUUUUGCGAGACCUAAGCGAUGAAUAAUUCUUCUUUUAGUGGAAGAGCUUAAUGAUUUGCGAGGUUCUCAUUGUCCCAAAGUCUUACAUAAAUACCAGAUAUUGGUGAAGCGAGAUGAACUGAUGUGCAAACUUAGAGUGAAGAAUACAGAUGUUAAAACUGCCAGGGUUUUAAAUGUAAGUUUUUGUUAUUUUUCUGCGAAGUUUGGGUACAAGUGAUGACACCUAAACUAAAAAAUUUUAUUUUCAGGCACAAUGUCCGGACAUGUGCCCCGAGAAAGAAAGAUAUAUGAGGGAGCUGCAAAAGUUAUUGAAUGAUUACGAAUGUGAUGAACAUGGCAAUUUAAUCCCCGAGAAAGCAGUUAAGGAUUAUGCACGGUCAGCUGCUGAUCAAGAAGAGCCUUUACCCCAUGAACUCCGACCUCCGCAGGUCCUAAAGAAGACUAUGGAUUAUCUGGUAACCGAGUUCAUGCUCGUGCCACCUCCAAGAUCAGAAUUGCCCAAGUGGUACGACUUCUUAUGGACAAGAACACGGUCUAUUCGGAAGGAAAUCACCCAACAGAUGUUGUGCGAUGAGCUGGCAGUGGAUCUGGUGGAAAAAUGCACCCGGUUUCAUAUUUUCGCAGGAUAUGCUAUGAUUGGAUUUGACGUAGGUUACAUCUUUUGGUUUGAUACUAAUAAUUUUUCAUUAUUCAUUUUGUGUUUUCAGCAAAAUACCUUUAAUGAUCGACUGAAUACUGAGAACCUAUCGAAAUGUAUUCAAACCUUGAGGCAUAUUUAUGACGAUCUGGCCAAAAAGAACAUCUACUGUCAGUCCGAGCCUGAAUUUCGAGCUUACGAUAUUCUUCUCAAUCUGUCGGAUUCGAAUGUGUUGAGGUAUGUGGUUAUUUUUUAUUUUUAUUUUUCUGUUUAGUAUUGUCAGAUCAUAUCGACCGGAAGUUCGUCAGUCGGAGAAAUUCCACUUGGCCGUUCGUCUUGCCUGUGCCUACCAAACCGAUAAUUAUGUGGCCUUCUUUCGGUAUUUGAAAAAGGCGUCUUUCCUGCAGGUAAGAAGAAUCUCUAUGGUAUCGCUUAUCUCUGGUUUGUACUUAUGCGCAGUUAGUUCUUCGUCAAUUUCAGCAAAUUAAUUGCGUUGUUGUAGGCAUGCCUAAUCUUCAAUAACCUCACUUCUCUCCGCAUAACCGCCAUUCGGACCAUUCUAAAGACAUUCCGAGGAAAGGUAAGCACUUGAAAAAACUCAUUAGCAACAAAUUUUAUAUGCGUGGAUACAACUUGGGGUUAAUUUGGAUUUGUAGUAUACUCACAUGCGUAUUUUUAGUAUCCAAUUUCCACUCUUACUACUAAUCUUGGUUUUGUCGAUGAAGAAGAAUGUGUGGAGGUGGCCACCGAGUUGGGUAUCUUGGAUGAGAUGGACAAUAACUUCAUCAAACAACCUCUGGGAGAUCUUUUGGAUGACUUUGAUCCUACCAUGGGAAAGGGAAUCGUUCAAAAUAAAUUGGAUAAAAGCUUGGCAGAGACGAUUACGAAUGGCCCUUUGGUUGUACCUGACUUCCCCAAACCCGCAAAUUCAUUCACUUCUGAUGGAUAUUACGAAAAUGAUCCGGUGUUAAGAGAGUUCUUGGAAGUCAAUGGGUUUGCAGUUACUGGCCAGAUAAGACGAAGGCCUUCGGAGGAUGUUGUUGAUGUGAAGAAACAGCCAAACAAUGCUCAGAAUCAUGGACUUUUUGCCAGUCUGGGAGAGGUGAGUUAGCUUCGGUUUAAAUAUGUCUUUUUUACUUUUAUCAAUGACGUCGAGUAUUAUUUUAGACUCUACGAAAGCCGCAAUUGCCCAGUGUUUUUCCUGUGGCCAAAGAGUUCAAAGACCCUAAAAGUGUCCCCUUCAAAUCGAUAAAACCAUCUGCUCUCAAUGGGGUACCCCCAGAUCCAAUGGCCAAAUCAGUUAGCGGAAUGGGAUUUGCACAAAAAACAAUGAGCUCAGUGUUUGGGUAAGUAUAUUUUAAUUAUGAACUCACUAUUUAGGACAAGUAUUGGUUACUCCUUAAUAUUUUAGAGCCGGCUCAUCAAAAUCGACCGAUUUAUUCAGCGAAAAGCCUAAAGAUUCGACCGGUGGUGUGUCGACAUCGUUUACAUUCACCACAAAACCUUUGGAUCACAGGAACACUCUGAAUUUGUUGUCGUCAACGAUGAAAGGAAACGAAAUAAACUCGAAUGGGUUCUCGUUUAAUGGAGCACCGAAGAAUGGAACUGAUGAAAAGAAUUCAGCGUACAAGGCACCGGUUUUUGGAAAACCUGCGCUCCCAGCGUUUCCAGCAUCGAAUGCUGAUGUUAAACCUGUAGGAAAUGGGACAAACGGAAUCUUCCAGGCCUCGAGUAUACCUUUAGAAACAUCUAAAGAUGAUGCCUCUGUUUCGGUAACGUUGCCAAUACCAAAAUCAAAUAAGGAUGAAGAAGCAGAGAAGGCAAAAAAAGAAAAAGAGGAAAGGGAACGAAAAGAAAAGGAGGAAGCCGAGAGACGACAGAAAGAAGAGGAACGAAGGAGAUUAGAGGCGUUGGAAAAGGAGAAAUUAGCCAAGAAAUUGGAAGAGGAAAGGAAAAGGGCUGAGGAAAGGAAAGUAAAACUACUCAAAAAACAAAAGUAAGGGUUAAAAUUAAGCUAAUGUUAUUUGAAAAUUUUUUUAAUUUAGGAAAUCCCGAUGGCUCAAACUCAAAAGCAAAUCGGCGACAAUCAAGGAAAACAUCGGAAAAAAGUAUUCGACGACCAUAUUGGACGAUUGCAUAGAUGAUUUCAUAUGGUUGGCAGCUCAUGCCCUACGGGAAAGAGAACAGAAGUUGGCAGAAUUGUUGCAGAAAAGAAGUUUGAGGAUGUAAGUUUUGAUAGUAAUAUGGGUAUUGUAAAAAUUAAUUGAAUAAGCAAAUAUUAUUUUUCAGAGUGAAACCGUACUUCAAGAAAUGGGUCGAUGCUACAAGGUGGAGUAAAUUCCUGAACAAGCUCCCGCAACUUGAAGCAAAUUCGUUUGAAAACCCAAAGCGAUUACUCCCUCAGCUGUUUAAUGAUAUUUCCAAUCAGCCUCCGGAGAAAAAGAGUCGAAAAUCUGCGCCUUUGUAUAAGGUAAGGUUGUAUAUCUUUCGUGAUGAAUUUUGUUUUUUAUAUCUGUUUACUGUAACAUCUAAUUUCAGGAGAUUGUUGAAUCUGAGAGAAUGUACAUCACGGAACGACGUCGUCGUUAUUGUGCCAAAGUAGCUGCAAGAAGGUGGAUGAAUUAUGUGAAAAGUCGGCGAUUCGAGGAAAGGGAGCCACCUUCCGCCCCUCAGAUUGACCUCCAAUUCCCUGCAGUCGACUUCAACUUCCGGAUCCGAAGUCCAAGGAAGAAAAAACCCAUAACUUUUGAUGAAGUUCAUGAGACCAGCUUCAACGGAUUUAAUAGAAGAACCCCGAAUUCAUCGUUUGAUUACUCAGUGCUGUCAGAGAUCAGAAGAAGACAGAGUCUCCCCAAUGCCUUCAGCACUCCUUUGGCUCCAUUGCAAGGAAGAAUGCAAGGAAUGGCAUUUAAUGGUAUGUUUGUUAUGUUCAAUUUUUCUUGUAGCGUCUUGUUUCGAUGUUCUGUUGACACUAACAGUUAGGGGAAUUAAUUUUGAAAAAACAUAAAACUUUCUGAGCAGUGUUUUUGCCUCUGCUAAAAAGUGUCGUUGUUGCAAGAAUUCUGGUUUAGUUUGUUAAUGGUUUUACGUAAUGGCCAGGAAGCAAAGUGAGGCAUGCGGUAUGUUUGUUUGUCUCGAGGGAGUCAUUCCAAUUACAUAGCUGAUAUGUAUGGUGAAGGUUGUCUAUUUGGGUUGUUCAGGGAAGUUUUAUGAUCUUUCGAUUCUUUACGUAAUGUCUAAAUUACUCCGGAGUAAAAUUAAUAAAAAAUCGUCUAGCUGAAAGGGCUGUAAAAUGGCAACAACGGGAUGAAGUCGCGACAAAGUAUAUGUAGAAAAUUAAAUCCAGAUUUCCGGACUUGAAGGCCGGGGAUAUCGUUUACAUAUUGCCCACCUUCCGUUAAUAUACAUUGUGCUGGAUUCAAAUCCGGAAACGCGUCCGAUCAUAUGGUUUGGUAUUUGGGGUUAAGUUUAGCUGACACGAGCAAGCAUUUCUACACCUGCCUGUUCUUCGGUAAUCCAUGCACCCCGUGGGAGUGA